AUGUCGGCCGUAUCGCUGGACUCGAAUGUCUGGUACGCCAUCUCGGAGGGGCGCGUUGCGAACGUUUCAACACCACUCGACAACAACCUCCAGGAUACCAACAAUGGCCUCAGGGUCUUCGGCAAGACAGACGCGGUAUGGCAAUUUCAACCAGUGCCAAACCACGAUGGCCGGUAUCUUAUGAGACUAAGCUCAGCCGGCGUGAGCCAACAGCUUUCUGUGUGCUGGAGUUCGGCGGAGGUUCAUCCUAGUGGCACAAGAGGGUGCUUGAGAAAAACGGAAUCGGACGAGACUCAGCAAUGGGACGUCACUGAGUGGGCGAGUGAACCGGGCACCUACAAGUUCACGAACGUUGCAAACGGCACAGGCUACGUGCUCGAUGUUCACCCCGGAUCCAACCUCUUCAUGUCGAGCGAGAUCGAGGGCUCCGACGGUGUUUCAGCUCGUCAACCUGCUCAGCACUGGAUCAUGACAAGUUCAAAAGCUGUCAACGAUGGUGCAUACUCUACCAUCUACUCAGCGGGCACUACACCCGUCAGCACCGGGUCCGCAACAGCCACAGCAACCGGAACAGGAUCGGGCGCCAUCACUCCUACAGCAACCAGCGGAUCUGCCACCGCGAGCUCCACUGCGGUAGCAGGAUCGUCUUCAGGGGGGCUAUCAUCAGGCGCCGCCGCCGGCAUCGGUGUGGGCGUCUCCCUCGGAGCCAUCGCGCUACUUGGCGCCGGGUUCUUCUUCUGGUGGCGUCGGAGAAAGGCCAAGAAGGAGGUAGUCGUCGAGCCGAGCGAACAUCACCACGAGCUUGGCCACGAUGGCAGCACAGUUGGCGGUAAGCACAGCCCGGGUACCAUCAACGCCUCAGCACUUUCUUCGCCAUCGCCAGCCAACGAUUACUACGGCGGACAAGAGUCAAAGGUUCUCGGUCACACACAGCCACACUCUUAUGCUGCUGAAGCCAACACGAACCCAAUCUACGAAGCCCCUACCGAGGCCCGGUAUGAGUUGGACUCGGGACAUCACGCAUCACCCAACGGUCCAGCCCAACUUCCAGACGACCAUGGAAGAAGAUGA